GCUCUGCCGUCGAUUCUUCAGUCGAGUCGCGAAAGUCGUCGAGUGCGUUUGGUUCGCUGGCGCGUCGGCAGUCCAGCUAAGUAAAAAGAAAAUCCAAGCCACUAAAAAAAAUAUUUUGAAAAGCAAAAGAAAAAGAAAACAAACUGAGAAAGAGAGAGAAGCUGCUGCUGAGAAAGGUGAUCAAAGAAGCGGAGAUCAUCAUCAUCGCCAUCACGAAACUUUGUGCGCGCAGUCUUCGCCGUUAUGCAAUUGAAGUGCGUUCAUAAAAUGCCGAGAUAGCAACAAUUUCGAAUUCAUUUGUCUUUUGGGGAAUUAGAAAUUAUUUCGCGCGAGUUUAAAAGACGCAUAAAUACUCGUGCCCUCGCCGCUCGAUGUCCGAAUUAAAUGCAAAAUUAAAUAUUACAAUUUAUGGCAAACUCGUUUCCCCAGCUAAAAGCAGCGGCCAAAAGUGAAAUUAAUAAAGUGAAACGCAAACACAGCAAUUGUAGCAAAGGCAAUUACAAAAUCAAUAUAAAUAAUAACAGAAAAUCAUUGUUACAGCACUAAAAAAAAAAAAGAAAAGAAAAAUACGUAGAGAAGUAACAACAGUUAGGGGCAAACACUUUUCCUCGUCGCCGCUCUGCGAAUACGUAAUCAUUGGGAAAAUAUCAGCAAUUUUGCAACAGUUUCGACACAACAACAACAACAACAAAAAAAAAAACAACAGUAACAACAACAACAGCAGCAACACCAGCGACUUGCAGCAAAAACAAAAGUAAUUGAGCAGAAAGAGGACAGAGACCCCAGAAAUCACACAAGAUGGUGUCGCGGCGAAAAAUUCUAUCACGUUCACGCGACGAUCUUAAUCUCGACCAGACAUUUACCCAGCAGGAGGAGGAGGAGGACAUUUGGUACCAGAAGGAUAAACUAUACAAGGAACACAUUCAGGAAGUGCUGGACAAAUGGACCCAAAUCGACGACGAGAUCUGGGCCAAAGUGAUCGUCUUCGAGCGGAAUCGGCGCGUGGCGAAGGCGUACGCACGUGCCCCGGUGCUGACCAUUAAUGGAUCCGACGACGGAUUCGACGGCAUGCGAAUCGGGCUCUGCGGCUUCGACAAUCCAAUGAGGGAUCAGAAGACCGACGAGAUGAAGCGCGUCAUCGGACAGGGUGUCAAAAUCAAAAUGGACGAUGCUGGGAACAUUCUGAUCCGGCGGUACGCCAAGAGCAACGUCUACGUGAAGAGCACCGCCAGCAGUCCCAACGAGGAGACCUCCAUCGGUGCCGAAAUCUUGAAGCUGCCCAAUCAGGCGCUCGAAUCCGAAAAAAUAGUCAAGCUCUUCGACAUGAAGAAGUUCCAGUCGAACGUGAACCGCGAGUUGCGACGCGCCUAUCCGGAUCGCCGCCGGUUGGAGACGCAGUGCCUCUCCUCGGUGGCGUUUGUCAAGUCGGAGAACGACAUCUUGGAGUGCCCCAUCUGGGUGCUUAUCGUCAACGUGGUGGCCAUGGACAUGCUGAAGAGCAAGCUGCCGCCAGUACAACGUCCCAUUGUCGACAUCAAGAACCGCCCGCGCAUUCCGAUUCCCGACGAGGAUCCCUACAGCGUGGCGGGCAACGGAAGUGGCGGAAGCUCGGGAAGCUCUGGAUUCGGCAGUGGCCACCAGUCGCAGCUGCACGCGCAGCAACAGCAGCAGCUGGGCAAGCACCUGAACGGCAACGGAGGAGGCCAUGUGGCCGCCACCCGGGAACAGUUGCUCCUCCAGACGCAACAGCUGGCCCACAAGCGCAGCGAGAAGCCACCAAAACUGCCGCCCAGGGAUAAUAUCUACUCGCACGAUCUGAUUCCAAAGCCGGAUUACGAUGACAUUGACUUGGAGACUCGCAUCAAACUGUCGCGUGGCAAAUCGGACAAGGGCAAAGAUAACAAGAAAUAUGAUGAUCCCUACUACUGCGGCCUGCGGGCCCGAGUGCCGAACUUUGUGAAGUCCGGGAAGCCAAACAACGGGCAGGGAGCCAAGGAUCAGCGGGACGGGAACGGGAACAACAUCGGCAACGGCGGCAUCAGCACGCUCAGCCAGAAGAAGACCUCGAUGAUCCACAACCACCUGGGCGGCAUGCACCCGCACCACUUGCAGCAGCAGCAGCAGCAGCAGCAGCUGAUGGCCGCGGCGGCGGCUGCGCAUGCGGCACAGCACCACCACGGCGGCCACCAGCGGGAGCAGCAGCAGCACCACCAGAUUUGGCAGACCCGCAGCUAUGAGAGCGGCAUAGGUAUUUAUAAACAGGGAGGGCCCAGCACGCCCCACCAACCACACAAAUCGCACGCACUGCAAGUGCAGAUGCAUCAGCAUCAGCAGCUGCAGAUGCAACAUCAACAUCAACAUGAACAACAACCACUGUCACUGCCAACGGACCUAACAGCAACCACUGCAACGGCAACGGCAACCAUCACUGCCAACAACAACAACAAGACACAAAGCACAGCUAACAAAGCACGUAGCCACCACCAGGCACAUCCGCAUUCGCAUCCGCACCUCGCGUAUCCGCACGCACAUCCGCACCACAGACACCACCGGCACGGUCACCACUGCGAGCGGCACGCCCACCUGCAGCAGCAACACGUCGCGGCACCGCAGCAACACAUUCCGCCGCCGCCGCCGCUGCAACCGCAGCAGCAGCAACAUUCGUUGCCGCAGCCGUACUACGACAACCUGGAGGACUCAGUGGGUCGCCAGGUGACGCGGCGCCUGUCCACCCGUCGACCUGCGCCCGAGGAGAGCUCCGCCUGCAACUGCGUGAGCUGCUACGCCCUGGCUCCGCUCUGCGGUGCAGUUCCUCCGCCUCGUCCGCAGCGCAGCCUUAGCCAGCAGCAGUUGCGGCGCCACCAGCGGCUGAGCGGCAGCCAGGUGGAGCCGGAGAUCCGGCCGGGAGUGGUCAAGUGGUGCAGCGAGAGCGAUGUCUCCGUGCUGGAGCUGGAGCCCCAGGGAGCGGGGAACGAACGCUACGACGACUGCUACGAGUACGAUGACUUCGACAUGGCCUUCGACCUGGACGACGACCUGGGUCUGACCGAGAACAUACCGCGACGCAACAGGGGCACCGAGACGGUGGACAUGUACGUGGACCGGACGCAUCUGCGCCAGCUGCGGACGCCGGCGGCGCUGCGCACCAAGUCGCAGUCCACCGAGAGCUUCUUCGAGCAGCCGAACGAGGAGGGCUCGCUGUACAUGUACGGCGGCAGGAAGCGGAUUGCGGUGAAGGCGCCGUCGGCGGCCAACAUCUAUGACCGGGUGCGCGGCUCCACGGACUCCGCGGACAGGGGGCGCGGUGCGGCAGGACCAAAAAGGGGCCAGGGCCACAAGAAGCCGCCGAUGCUGCCAGCGCCCAGUUGGCGAGGCGGCAAGCGACAGGAGCAGGCUCAAAACGCUGACAAAAGACAAAGAUAUGACAAUAGCAAUAGCAGCAACAACAACAGCAACAACAACCACAACCACAACCACAACAGCAACAACAACCAGCACAAAAGACAGCUAACGAACGCCAAGCAAGACAAUGACGACAUGUUGAAAAGCAAAAAUUAUUUCAAUAGUAAAAACAAAAGUAUAGCAACAGCAGCAGCAGCAGCAGCAGCAGCAGGAGCAGCAGCGAAAGCGACAGCAACAUCAGCAAGCACAGCAGCAACAUCUGGCGGAGGAGCAGCGGGAGGAGCAGGAGCAGCAGGCGGAAAAGCCAGAGGAGCUAGCGGGCCAACAAUGAACCCAACAUUGGCCACCAGCCCAGCGGCGAACAAUACCCUGGCGGCUCCUCCGGCGACUCCCGCUGCUCCUCCUCCUGCGACGGGCACCAGAACCGGGCGCAGUGCCAGCCGCCUUGACAUCAGCGACAUGGAGUCCAUUUAUGGCUACCUGAAGCCCCGCAAGCCGCGCAGCCUCAGCCUGAAGAAAAUCCAAAUACUCGACUACUGAAACGGGCGGACACGUGAAUUUGUAUGGGGUUGCUCUAAAUCGAAACGAGGUUAUAUGGCCCAGACAUCAUCGAUAUUAGUUAUUGUUACCCCUUUUUUGGGUCGGAGAAUGGGCCGCUCUGUACAUACUAUACCUGCCAACGCGUCAUGGUUACCUCUUUUACCCGGUGAACAGAACCAGAACCACUAAACUGUACGAAAUGUCUACUAACUCGGUACCUUGGACUCCUUGGACAGUCACGCAACGCAAUU